CCUCUCUCUUUCUCUCUCUCUCCCUCUCUCUCUCUCCACUACCUCUCUCUCUCUCUCUCCACUCCCUCUCUCCACUCUCUCUCUCCACUCCCUCUCUCUUUCUCUCUCUCUCCCUCUCUCUCUCUCUACUCCCUCUCUCUCUCUCUCUCUCCACUCUCUCUCUCCACUCCCUCUCUCCCUUUCUGUCCUAUCACCUCUCUCCUAUCACCUCUCCUUCUCUCGUUCCCUUCAUUUGCAGAUGGCGGUGAAGUGAGGUGGCUGAGGACUAGUAUGUGUGUGAGUGCGUGGAAGGACACAUCCUCCCCUUGGAGAGAAAGAGAAAACAGAAAGAGAGAGAGAGGAAGAAGAAGCAGCUGCUCUCCAGUAACAGGGUAGGAGCAGCUAACUCCAGUCUCCUGUCAUGGAUACUAACGCGGAGGAAGUGGAGGACUCAGGAGAAGAGCUUACAGGGAGGAAGAAGUCUCGGUUCAAGCUGCUGAAGAGUCGUCUGUUUGGCCGUCUGAAGAGGAAGGAGACUGAAGGACGGAUGAAGCAGAGCCAGUCCGCCAGUGAUGUCACUGCUGAUGUCAUAGCUCCGAGGGACGACGACUCAGAGGAUGACUGUUUGGGCGGUCCAAAUACACUGGGGUCCAGAGCUCUGUCACAUGAUAGCAUCUUCCUGGCUGACCAAUCACAGAGCUCCUCUGAGCCGACGAGGGUUCUGUCUCAGGAGAACGUACACGGCAGGAUACAAGAACUGCAGCUGAAACUGCAGCGGCAGAACAUGUGUCUGGGCCCUCCCCCCUUGCUGAUCCCUGGAAAGAGAAUGGAAGAUUCUGGAGCCACCUCUGAGGAUGAUGGUUUGCCCCAGAGCCCUCCAGAGAUCUUGUUCCAUGACCGAACAGCACAGGGGCCUUCCUACAAGUUCCCUGACACUCACAGGCACCAUAGCUCUCCGAGUUUAGCAGGGACAGGAAGUGAGGAGGAGGAGCAGUGCCUCUCCCAGCCCUCCUCCCGUCCUCUCUCCCCGUAUCCUGCUUCCCCCUGUGAUCCAGAGCCCUCCCCUGCAGUGGACUUCACCAGCCCAGCCCAGUACACUCCUAGCCUGGACAGCUCUGCCGCCCGUCACCGCAUGUCUGUUAAACCCAGGAACCAGAGGGCCAGCGCCAAGGGAAGGAAAGGUCCCCUGAGAGCAAGCAGACUUGGCUCAGAGAGCCUGAGUGACCUGGACCUAGACCAGCCCCUGUCUGAGAGGGAGGAAGAGCAGGAUGGAACGGAGGACGAGGACAGAGAGGAAGAGGAGGAGAGGGAGAGACCGUUCUCUUCAUCUCCAAAAGACUCUGAGGAGAAGCCCUGGCAGUCAGUACCCCCUGGUGGUCAGAAAGAGGUAUUACAGAGACAAGAGUCAUCCGAGACAGAGGGACGCGUCACCACCAACCCUCUCUACCUCCAGGCUAUGACCUCUCCUCUAUCAGAACCCAUGACCAAGACCUCCAUCCUGGAGACCCCGAGUCUGUCCACUCCCCCUUCAGCAGCAGUGGAGGAGCCACAGAAGCCCCCGGAACCUAUUCGGGUCAAACGCCCAAGAACUCUCAUCCAGGAUAAUUCAGACCAGGGAAGUCGGCCUGGGUCUACAUCUGAAAAGACCCUCUCCAGGCCUCUCAGUCCUGUCUAUGGAUCAGACUCCACCACAAAUCAACUUCCCUCAAAAGAGAAGCCAGAGGAGAAUAUGACCCCAGCCACCUCUAACAAGGGAGACAGGUUGAGCAGAAACACACAGAGUGUGAGCCUAGCGGACACCAGCAGCUCUACAUACCACUCUGCUCUACCUACCCCUGCCCCUCGCAUUAUAAGACAAACACAGAGACCUGCUUCUGAGAGAGAGUCUGUCAGAGAGACUACAGCAGUCCCACUGUCGGGCGUUAAUGAAGAAACCUCCAAAUUGGACCUAGUGCAGAGGAGGAGAGGGCCACCUACUGGCCAUGAAGACACACUGCCUAGAGCAAACAGUUUCUUCACCUCCUCCUUGAGACAGCGUUCCAAGAGUGCCACUAGCAGAGCCCACACAGGGACGAGAAACAAGGAGAUGAAUGCAAAAGGAAAGGGGGGGGAGGGUUUGGUGGCCAAGAACCCUCAUCAGGAGUCUGUCAGAAGGCAAGAGGUAAAACCAGAGCAGGCCACAUUUAAAGGCCUGAAGGAAAACCAACCACAACCCUCACCUCAGGAGAGAAACGUACACACAGAGGUAGAAGUCGUGGAGGAGACAGGACUGAAGGGAGGAGAGAAAGGGGAUGGGCAGAGUGAGGGAAAUGAGGAGAAGGAGCAGGAGCAGGAGAGGAAGAGUGCUUUCGGAGUGAAGCUGCGCACCACUUCUCAGUCUCUGAAGUAUCGCUUGGAGAGGGACCAAGAAUUCAGGGUUAAGUGUCAUAUAGUCUCAACAACUGCAGAACCAGUCAAAGGCGAAAUUGGCACAAGUUCAAAGGUCAGGGGUGACUUGGCAAAUAAGGCUUCGAGGAAGGGCCCGUCACAAGUGUCUGACUGCCCCCCCUCAUACACCCCUGACAGAAACAGACUCAACGAGAACCAAGAUGAAGAUGAUACUGACCUGGUAGUAGAUGCCUUUUCAGACCCAGACAAAGGCCCAUCCUCCAGACCUGCUCUGGGGCUCCAAGAGGGGCUGAGACCCCUGGGUCUAAUGGGUCAGCUGGAAACCUGUCUGGAUGUCCAUGGCCCGGGAAAAGACCAAAAGUCUCCAACAGCAUCUCAGUCCAGAGACAGUGCUGGGACAGGGAGGACAGCGAACACCAUAGUGAAGAAGGCACUGACAGAGAUUCUUCAACUUCAGUAUGCUGAAGAAAUUCACCCUGUCCCCGAGGCCCUCACAGUGUUCUACAGGAGCACCAUCGGAGCAUACUGUCAGGCUGCAUCACAGCCUGUUACGGUAAAUCCACCCCCGCGGACUGCAAGACUCUUCAUGGUUGUUCACGUGGUCCCAGAUAUGCUCAAUGGGAUUGAGAUCACUAAACUGUCUGGGCAUGGCAGAACACUGACAUUCCUGUCUUGCUGGAAAUCACACUCUGGUGGUGGCAUUGUCAUGCUGGAGGGUCAUGUCAGGAUGAGCCUGCAGGAAGGGUACUCAAAGGGAGGAGGAUGUCUUCCCCGUAAUGCACAGCGUUGA